AUGGCAUCUUACACGGUCAAUUCGACCAAGUCGUACAUGCAGGCAAUGCAGCCUAUGAUCGAAAUGUUGAACAGUCUUACUGGGACGCUGGUCUCAGAAUCAGUCACUAGAAGUCCUCCAUCCAUAGACAAUGAAAACGUGAAGAUCACACCCUUGGACAAGAUUCUAGGCCAAUUUGAAGAUGUUUCUACCGAUUUAUUAGACCAGAUUGGCAUUGGCGGACCGGAAGCUGAUAAUGCGGCUGUUUUAAGAGAAAUUGAACAGGAAUGUAGUCGGAUAAGCAAAGCUAGAGGACAGGACUCGAAUGAAAUAUUAGCUAUAAUCAAGACAACAUUGUCAGACGAAGUUGGAGAGGAACAGCUCCAGUCGUCUUUGUUUGAUAUUUUAGGUUUUGAGGAGUUUGAGUUGAUCGGAAAAAUCGUUCAGAACAAACAAGUAGUAAUAGGCGAAAAGCAGCAAGACGAUAUAGAUACUGAGCCGAAGUUGCUCACCGCCGCCGAACGGGCCCAGUUGUUGAUAGAUAACCACCAGAAGACGAAAAACCAGAAACUCGCACCCAAGAGUUUAACGCAGCAGUAUCCAAAUGUGUUCAAAAAUCCUGAUGUAGGCAAUAUGAUUUCUGUCACGGGCAAGAAAUUCUCACUUCCAGUAGGUACUACCAGAGAAUCGCAUGCCACACACGAGGAAAUCAUUAUACCUUACCCUGAGCAGAAGGCCAACAGAUGGAUCCUGGACUCGAACCUCGUCAAAGUUUCUCAGUUGGAUUUUCUCUGUCAGGGCACGUUUAAGAACUACCAGACAUUGAACAAGAUGCAGAGUUUGGUGUAUCCUGUAGCAUACAACACCAAUGAAAACAUGUUGGUGUGUGCCCCUACUGGUGCUGGUAAAACAGAUGUUGCAUUGUUGACGAUUUUGCAUUGUAUAAACCAGUUUGUAACAGAAACUGUGAGUGACGAAGGCGACGUCACCGUAGAUAUUGAUUACGACGAGUUUAAGAUUGUCUAUGUGGCACCGCUCAAAGCAUUGGCAGCAGAAAUUGUAGAAAAGUACAGUAAGAAACUCCAAUGGCUUGGUAUUAAUGUGAGGGAGUUGACAGGUGAUAUGCAAUUGUCCAGGGCAGAGAUUAUGACAACUCAGAUCAUUGUCACUACGCCUGAGAAAUGGGACGUAGUAACAAGAAAGCUGAACGGUGAUUCAGAAUUGGUGUCGAAAGUUAAAUUGCUUAUUAUAGAUGAAGUCCACUUGUUACACGAAGAUAGAGGUUCAGUUAUCGAGACAUUGGUGGCACGUACCUUAAGACAGGUGGAAAGCUCGCAACAGAUGAUUCGGGUGAUUGGUCUUUCAGCUACGUUGCCCAACUUUAUGGAUGUAGCUGAUUUUUUGGGAGUAAAUAGAAACAUCGGGAUGUUUUACUUUGACCAGACGUUUAGACCCGUACCUUUGCAACAGCAGCUUAUAGGUGUAAGAGGUAAAUCCGGAUCCAAGAUAGCUCGAGAGAACAUCGAUAAGGUAUCGUAUGAGAAGUUGGCCGAUUACGUCAACCAGGGCUUACAGGUAAUGGUGUUUGUGCAUUCUAGAAAAGAUACUGUCAAAUCGGCUCGUACAUUUAUACAGAUAGCACAAGACCAUCAGGAACUAGGCAUCUUUGACACUUCUGGAACAGAAGCUUACCAGAAGUACAGCAGAGAAGUAUCCAACAAGAACAGAAACAAAGACAUGAAAGAGUUAUUUCAAAACGGAUUUGGAGUCCACCAUGCUGGAAUGCUUAGAACGGAUCGUAAUCUCACUGAGAGGAUGUUUGAAAGUGGUGCUAUAAAGGUAUUGUGCUGUACUGCUACACUUGCAUGGGGUGUCAAUUUGCCUGCUGCUGUAGUUAUUGUAAAAGGCACACAGGUCUACGAUUCGAAACAGGGUGGUUUUAUAGAUUUGGGAAUUUCUGACGUUAUUCAAAUCUUUGGUCGUGCUGGUAGACCACAGUACGAAAAGUUUGGUACGGGUAUUCUUUGCACCACCAGCGACAAAUUAGACCAUUAUGUUUCAUUGAUCACACAGCAACAUCCUAUAGAGUCUAAACUAGCAGAAAAGAUUACAGACAAUUUGAAUGCCGAGAUCUCGUUGGGCACUGUGACCAACAUCGACGAAGGGGUACAAUGGCUAGGCUACACGUAUAUGAUGGUGAGAAUGCGCCAGAAUCCAUUUGCAUAUGGUAUCGACUGGAAGGAGCUCAAGGAGGAUCCUUUGUUGACCAACAGAAGACGAGAAAUGAUCAUCACAGCUGCUAGAAGAUUGCAUUAUCUUCAAAUGAUUAUCUUUGAAGAAAACUCGGGUUCCUUUACAGCCAAAGAUUUGGGCAGAAUUGCUUCUGACUUCUACUUGUUGAACAACUCAGUGGAAAUUUUCAAUCAGAUGCUUAAUCCAAAGGUGACGGAAGCCGAUGUCUUGUCUAUGAUAAGUAUGAGCAGUGAAUUCGACAGCAUCAAGUUCCGUGAGGAGGAGUCUGAAGAAUUGAAGAAACUCUUGGAAAACGACUCCCCUUGUCAAAUAGCUGGAGAUGUCGAGUCGACUCAAGGUAAGACAAAUAUCUUGUUACAAGCCUUCGUGUCUCAGGCCACCAUCAAAGACUCUGCUUUGAUCUCGGAUUCCAACUACGUAGCUCAGAACUCAGCUCGUAUUUGUAGAGCUUUGCUUUUGGUAGGUAUAAAUAGACGCUGGGGUACGUUCAUGAAGAUUAUGUUAUCGAUUUGCAAGUCUAUCGACAAGCGAAUCUGGGCUUUUGAACACCCAUUGUCGCAGUUUGAUUUGCCAGAAACAGUUUUGAGAAACAUAAGAGCCAAAAAUCCCUCGAUGGAAACUCUCAGGGAUAUGGAAUCGGCUGAACUUGGAGACCUUGUCCAUAAUAAUCGUAUGGGAAAUGUCUUGUACAAAUUGGUAGGCAGAUUCCCCUACGUGGACAUCUUUUCUGAGAUCUUUCCUAUAACCAGUAAUGUGAUGAGAGUUCAUGUCAGUUUGGAGCCUGACUUUGUGUGGGACGAAAGAUAUCAUGGGAAUGCACAAAUAUUCUGGUUGACCGUUGAAGAGUCUGACCAGUUUGAGAUUUUGCAUGUAGAAAAAUUCAUCUUGAACAAGAAGCAGAUGAGAAGUCCUCAUGAAAUGGACUUUAUGAUUCCUUUGACAGACCCAUUGCCUCCUCAGAUCAUUGUAAGGCUUGUGUCUGAUUCAUGGAUUGGUUCUGAAAGUGUUCAUGCCAUUUCUUUCCAGCAUUUGAUCAGACCUUCCAACGAAACAUUGAGAACCAAUCUAUUGAAGUUGCAACCAUUGCCCAUUACAGCCUUACACAAUCCUGAAGUGCAGGCCAUUUAUGACAAGAAGUUCCGUUACUUCAAUCCAAUGCAAACGAUGACUUUCCACUCUUUGUAUAACGACAACUCCAGUGUAUUUGUAGGUUCUCCAACUGGUUCUGGUAAGACUGUCGUCGCAGAGUUGGCCAUCUGGCAUGCUUUCAAGCAGUUUCCCGGGUCCAAGGUUGUCUAUAUUGCUCCGAUGAAAGCAUUAGUCAGAGAAAGAGUGGAUGAUUGGAGAGCUAGAAUAUGUAAGAAUACCAGCUACAAGUUGGUAGAAUUAACGGGUGACUCGCUACCGGAAGCUAAGGAGGUUAGAGAGGCAGAUAUCAUCAUCACGACUCCUGAAAAAUUCGAUGGUAUAUCACGUAACUGGCAAACCAGAAAGUUUGUUCAGCAGGUUUCGUUGGUGAUAAUGGAUGAAAUACAUUUACUUGCCAGCGAUCGUGGACCAAUUUUGGAGAUGAUUGUUAGUCGUAUGAACUACAUUUCAUCACAGACGAAGAUGCCCAUUCGUCUUUUGGGCAUGUCUACUGCUGUUUCCAAUGCCUUUGACAUGGCUGGCUGGUUAGGAGUGAAACAAGGUUUGUUCAACUUCUCUUCUUCUGUACGUCCGGUUCCAUUGCAAAUGUAUAUCGAUGGUUUUCCUGACAACUUGGCUUUCUGUCCAUUGAUGAAGACAAUGAACAAACCCGCAUUCAUGGCAAUCAAGCAACAUUCGCCUUCUAAGCCAGUGUUGAUCUUUGUGGCUUCCCGUAGACAAACCAGACUCACUGCUUUAGAUCUUAUUCAUUUGUGCGGUAUGGAGUCCGACCCUCGUCGCUUCUUGAAGAUGCCUGAGUCUGAAUUGGAAGAAGUCCUAGCAGAUGUCAAGGAUGACACUUUGAGAUUGUCGUUGCAGUUUGGAAUGGGCUUGCAUCAUGCUGGUUUGGUAGAAUCUGAUCGUCAAAUCUCACACAAGUUGUUUGAAGCAGGCAAGAUUCAGAUUCUUAUUGCAACUUCUACUUUGGCUUGGGGUGUUAAUUUACCUGCUCAUUUAGUUAUUAUCAAGGGUACCCAGUUCUUUGACUCCAAGAUCGAAGCGUAUAGGGACAUGGACUUGACAGAUAUUUUGCAAAUGAUGGGUAGAGCUGGUCGUCCUGCUUUCGAUACUUCUGGUAUUGCAAUUGUGUAUACCAAAGAGUCCAAGAAGAUGUUUUAUAAACAUUUUUUGAAUGUGGGUUUCCCGGUGGAAUCGUCCUUGCACAAAGUGUUGGAUAACCACAUUGGUGCCGAGAUAUCUGCUGGAACUAUCUCUACCAGACAAGAAGCUAUGGACUUCUUGACAUGGACCUUCUUGUACAGAAGAGCCCAUAACAAUCCUACUUAUUAUGGUAUCGAGGAUACUACCACUGCUGGGGUUUCCCAGUUCUUGAGUGAUUUGAUCGACGAUACGAUUGAGAAUUUAAUGGAAUCGAAGUGUGUGCUCCUAGGUGGCAAAGAUGAGCUUAUUCCUACUGCCUUCUUGCAUAUAUCAUCUUAUUACUAUCUUUCUCAUAAGACUAUUAGAAAUGCUGCUAACAACCUCAAAAAGGAUUCCAGUUUCAGAGACUGUUUGAGAUUACUCUGUGAAGCUGCUGAAUACGACGAAUUGGCUACACGUCACGGUGAGGAGUUGAUCAACAUGGAAAUGUCUCAGGCUAUGAGAUUUCCUGCUGAAGACUUGGAAUGUGAGUAUAUUUGGGAUCCUCACGUCAAGGCUUACUUGUUGAUUCAGGCUUUCAUCAGCAGGGUCGAACUUCCAAUUGCCGAUUAUGCCCAGGAUACUGUUUCUGUGUUAGACCAGGCAUUGCGUAUUUUGCAGGCACUAGUGGAUACAGCGUCAGAGCUUGGAUACUUGACGACUGUGUUGAAUUUAAUAGAGUUGAUUCAGUGUCUCAAGCAACGUUAUUGGUUUGAUGAUGAUCCUAUUUCGGCAUUGCCAGGGUUGCACGUAUUUUCCAGCUCAGAAAAUUCCAGAACGGACUUGGAGGCGCUUGGAAAAAUGAAUACUGGAAAACUCUUUAAGUUUGCUGAGACUAUCGGCGUUAAAGGUUCACAAAUGCAUUCUACUUCUCCGGAAGAAGUCUUCACUGAUGAUGAUGCUAAGAAAGAGUUUGUAAGAAUUGCUUCCCAUUUGCCUACCGGAGAGCUCUUUACUUCUCAGAGAGACUCCGGUUCAUUGAAGGUGGAAAUUGUGCACAACAACUACCCACUCAACAAGGAAUUCAAGAUGUACUGUCCCCAUUUUCCCAAGAUGCAAAGAGAGUCUUGGUUUAUCAUUGUCUGUGAUGAGGUUGGAGAUGAGUUGCUUUUGAUCAAGAGGUCCUCGCCUAUAAUGCUGUCAAAGAAGGGUGUAGUUUCUUGUUCGUUGGAUAUCCCCGAUGAUUUGAAGGGAAGAGAAGUCACAAUCUUGUGUGUCAACGAUGCUGUCAAGAUCAGUUACAGCGCCAAGGUGACACUUGGUAUUUAG